CAGACGUCAAUUGAGAGAGUACGAGGCCCUCUUUCUUUCUCAUUUCCACGUGCGUAGUGCACCAUCUGGCAGUGAAAGAGAGAAAUAGUGAUAUUGAGAGAACUUUUGACCAGAAGAAGAACAUUUUAAAGUUCAAGUUGCAGUACUUAUAAAAAGUAUGGAUGACUUAGGAUCAAAAUCAGCUGAUAAUAUAUCGACAGAAAUGGCAUCCGUUGAUCACCCAGUUUCCACUUCAAGUUCAAGUUCCAACGUUAGUUUAUGUGAUCUUUUCUGGUCUCCUGAAUUAGAAAGCAUUAUUUACUGGCGAAAGAAAGAGAAAAGCGCUAUGGUGUUUUUGGGACUAUUUCUGUUCUUGCUUCCACUUUUGUAUUUCUCCAUUGUUUCAGUUGUUUCUUAUUUUUUGCUAAUGAUUCUUCUUAACGCCAUUGUUUUCAGGAUCUACAAAUAUGCAUUAGAUGUGGCCAAGAAAACAAAUGAGGGCAAUCCAUUUGAAAAACAUCUGAAGAAGGAAAUCUCCUUACCAUCUGACUACAUUCAUGAAGUAGUAGAUGUUUUGAUUGAGAAAAGUAUUUGGAUGACCACUAAACUUCGCAGUCUUCUCCUAGUGGAAAACUUUUUUGAGUCGUUAAAGAUGGCUGCAGUGUUGUGGUGCUUGACUUAUGUUGGAUACUGGUUCAACGGGCUGACCAUUGUUCUUCUGAGCGUACUUGGCGUUUUUACAUUCCCAAAAUUUUAUGAAGUCAACAGAGAAAAGAUUGAUCACUAUUUAUUGCAGGCAAAGAAGUUCAUUGAAAAUUCUGUGUGUUCUGUAAAGCAAAAAUUGGGUUUCAAGAGAAAAGAACAGUAAUAAUCAACCACAUGGUUCAUUUAAUACUUAUAUAUAUAUUUUGCUAAAUUGUACGCUAGUGCUACAUUGUCAUUCAUAAUUAAGAGCCACAUUUCUUGUUUGGGUUAGCAUUUGUUUUGUGGUAGGAUUUCGUAUAUCGAGAGAUUAAUUUGUGAUCUGAAUUAAACAGAAGAGUUGUUACACUCUAUUUAAUAAUAUUAAUAGUUUACUAAUACCAGCUUGUGCUUGUUGUGAAGAUGGAAAAGGUUUAUAUGUUUGAGCACUUUUAAUUUUAAUAUAAUUGAAAAUUUAAUACUAACAAUAAUUAACUUCAUUUCAGAGUCAUAAAAUGAGAUUUUUACUAGAAACUUCAUAUUUAGCCUUGUAUUGUGAAUUUUUAACAAAUUUGGUUUUUGGUGUUUUAUAAUGUUUUGUAUUGUAAUAUUGAAAAGCAUCAUUAGUUCUGUUUGAUCCAGCAUCAUGUAUAUUUACAACGUAGUUUACAUAGACUUUCAGGAUGACUUGAUUCAAUGGAAUAUACUUUGUAGCAUAGAAUUUCAAAAUAGCAAAGAUUGAGAAUUAACAUGAAGAACUGGAAGUGUCCUUAAAAGAAGUUCUUCAUAUGCAAGAACUGCAUGUUCAUUAGUAAAACCACAAGUUGCAAAUAAAAGCACAUUUUACAUCCUUUUUUUAUAUUUUUGUUUGUUGAGUGGUGUAUAGUUGUUAUUUUCAAUUUAGAAAUUUAAUUAGUUUGUAGGCUUUUCAGUACCUUCAGUGACUAAUGCAUUGCUUAAUUGGUGUUUAUGGGAGGACGUGUAUAUUAUUCUGUGUAGAUUGAGUGAUAUUAAUAAAAGUAUGUAACUUA